AAAAAACAUCGCGAGCCAGGCGCGGAGGGCAGAGCGAGUCCGGCGCCGCGGGGCCAGGAGGGAACCAGAGCUCAGCCGGGCCGCCCCAACAAGGACAGACCCCCCCGCCCCAAAUCCUUGCCUCGCCAGCCCUUCAACCGAGCCCGAUCGGGGGGCGCGGGAUUGGCACCCAGAGCCAGCUCGGCGCUUCCUUGCAAAAAAUAAGCAAAAACCCUCGCGGGAUACACCGGGGGGGCUCCGCGGGGGAAACUUGUGCCAACUCAAACCCCGAGGGUCCCCGUUGGGAUCAGUGUCGCACGUGGGAAAGGACUGCGAGUCAGAGAAACUCUUGACCCAAACGGGCUGGCACAAGAGAAGUCCUCAUUUUCCUUAAAAGCAAUUUUGGCUUCGGACCCUUUGGCUGGGAUUCUGGAAGAAGAAGAAGAAGAAAAAAUUUGAAGCCCACCGACCCAUUUUCGGAUGCUGAAAUUGUCCAGAAGCCGGCAAAACUCUUUUGAGACAAAGUGGGAGAGGGGGGAAUUGUCUUAAGUUUGGGCCCCUCAGAGCUCCUCUAGACUGACCCCCCUUGAGCUUGGAGCUGAGGAUCGAUCUGGGACCCCCCCUGCUCUCUCCCAAAUCCUAGGAAAACCCUCCUGCGGAAUCCAGAACUCCCCCGUGGAUUUUUGACUAGGUCGCCUUUGGCUUAAGGAAGGAUGGAGGACGGUGCCCGUCGGCGUGGUGGCCCCGAGAAGGCCCCCGAAAAAUCGGAAGAAGGCGGCGGAGUAGCGCUCAAGAAGGAAAUCGGCUUGCUGAGCGCCUGUGGCAUUAUUGUGGGUAACAUCAUUGGAUCCGGAAUUUUUGUAUCACCAAAGGGUGUGUUGGAAAACGCGGGCUCCGUAGGGCUGGCAUUGAUCGUGUGGAUCGUCACGGGCCUCAUCACCGCCGUGGGGGCCUUGUGCUACGCAGAGUUGGGCGUCACCAUCCCCAAAUCUGGGGGAGACUAUUCCUACGUCAAGGAUAUCUUCGGAGGACUGGCUGG